CGGACACAAACAUUUCUCAAGUUCUUACUAGUCUUCAGCUCUUCGCCAUUGAUCUCCACAUCGUUGAGAAGAGUGAAGACACAAAGGCACCAGGACCGGGUAUACACCCAUACGGGCAGCGCAGAAUAUGUCGAGCUCUGAGAUGGAUUCCUCUUCGCUGAGCAGCGACAUCAGGUUCCGUGCGUACGCGGUGCUCGUGUCGUUCGGCGUAGCGGCCGUCCUCGCGGUGUGCUUCUGGCGGCUGUACAAGCUCACCGUGUCCGCGCGCCCACAGGACAUGCUGCCCGUCUCCUUCCCCUCCGGCUCCGGUGGCGGUAAGGUGGCGGCGACGCUGAGGCAGAGAAAUAUCAUGUUGCUGCCGGUAUUCGUUCACGGCGGCACGGCCGACGUGGAGUGCGCGGUGUGCCUCGCCGAAAUGACGGACGGCGAGAAGGGUCGGCUCCUGCCUGGGUGCAGACACCGGUUCCACGUCGAGUGCAUCGACCGGUGGUUCCGGACCAACUCCACGUGCCCGCUCUGCCGGGUUGCGGCCUUCGGCGAGCCGAGCGCAGUGGAGGGGCACAAGGGUGGCUCCGUCGCUGGACCGCCGGCGGUUGUGCUGCAAGGUUGAAGGAGUGUGGUUUUCUAUAUUUUUAUUUCUUUUUGGGAUGGCUUGUGUUGUCCAUAAAAAUUUUCAUUUUUGUUUAACUCGUCGGAAGAAAUGGUAUUUUUUUUUAGUUGAAAGAAGUACAAGGGUGGGGAAAUAUCAAAGAGAUAGAGGAUGGAUAUGCAGUGCAAUGUC